AUGUCGGAUUCGAUUCAGACGGAGGAUAUUCCUCAUGAGGUGUGGCAUCCGACUUGGCAACUGAAGUGUAUCUUUGCGGUUGUUGGGCUGCUCAACUUUGUUGCGGCACUAGAUGCUACUUCUAUCUCGGUGUCUCUUCCGACUAUCUCCAAUGAUCUGGGCGGAACAGCAACAGAAGCCUUCUGGGCUGGAACGUCCUUCCUCGUCGCCUCUUGCGUCUUCCAACCCAUCUUCUCUCUCGCCUCGGACCUCUUCGGCCGCAAAUCUAUCCUUUGGCUCGCAGUGUCAGCUUUCACAAUUGGCUCUAUCCUCGCCGCCGUCUCCCAUGGAUUCGGACUCCUCCUCGUCGGCCGCUGCAUCCAGGGUAUCGGUGGUGGAGGCAUCAUGGCAUUGACGGAGGUAUUGAUCGCAGACCUGAUCCCAUUGAAAGAACGCGGAAAGUGGUUCAGCAUUCGCUCUGGAACCUGGGCUCUGGGUACUGUCGUGGGUCCUCUCAUCGGAGGUGGUUUUACUGAGUCGUCUGCGUCUUGGAGAUGGAUCUUCUGGAUCAACCUGCCCUUCUGUGGGUUGGGACUGAUUCUGAUUCCGAUCUUCCUGAGGUUGGAUAAGGUUCCUCUUCCUCUUCGUGAAAGCCUAGCCAAGGUCGACUACGUGGGCUGUGUUAUGUUUGUCGCAUCGCUUGCUGCUUUCCUCAUCCCUCUCACCUGGGGCGGCAUUAUGUACGACUGGGACUCAUGGCACACUCUCGUCCCUCUGAUCCUGGGCCUUGUAGGACUUCUUACUUUCUUCCUCUAUGAACGUUUCAUUGCAGCUCACCCUCUCAUCCCCGUCGUCAUCUUCACCAACAUGACCAUUCCCGUCAUCGCCGGUGUCGCCGUUUUCCCCGAAUCAUUCACCGUGGCCCCUAUUUCCGUGAUUACAGGCAUCGUCGCCGCGAAAAUCGGCGGCUACCGCUGGGCCCUGUGGAGCGGCUGGCCUAUCUCCAUCUUGGGAUUGGGGCUUCUCUGCCUCCUCGAUGCCAACACAAGUAUCCUUAAAUGGGUAUUUAUCAAUCUAGUCUGCGGUAUUGGUCUGGGUCUUCUAUAUCCCUCUGUCAUGCUGGCCGUGCAAGCUGCCGCGGACCCGAAAUACCUCACCAUGUCCGUCACCAUGAGCCCAUUCUUCCGAGUCCUCGGCCAAGCCGUCGGCGUCGCUAUCGGCGGCGUCGUCUUCCAGAACCGCAUCAAGGCCGAGUUCGGCAACCACCCGUCUCUCGGACAGACUGCUGAAGCCUUCGCCCAAGACGCAUCGAGUCUUGUACAGUACAUCAAGACUCUUCCGAAAGGGAGCGAGGAGCGAGAGCUUAUCGAGAGCUUGUACGCCAAGUCACUGAUGAUUAUCUGGGCUGUGAUGUGUGGCGUUGCGGCUCUGGGACUGAUCACGGGCCUGCUCACCAAAGGGUAUACUCUCAACCAAGCUUUUACAUCUAAGCAGGGGUUGAAGCAGGCUCCUUUGGAUGUGGAGUCUAAAGCAGGCUUAUUUGGAAACUAA